AUGUUGAGAGGAAGAACUGUACUUCUCCUGCUGGUCCUCUGGGCAUACCUGUGUUCCCAUGGGGACGGACUGCGAGCCCUGAGGAGGACUACAGGGGGGAGGCGGGGGGGCACAGGGGUGGGGUUGACGCUGACGGGACAGGACGCUAAUGGAGUGCCUCUGAGACGCUCCAAACGAGGAUGGAUGUGGAACCAGUUCUUCCUACUGGAGGAGUACACAGGGUUGGAUCACCAGUAUGUUGGCAAGCUCCACUCAGACGGGGACCGGGGUGACGGUAGCAUACGAUAUGUCCUGACCGGUGAUGGAGCCGGUAGUCUGUUCAUCAUCGAUGAGAACUCUGGGGAUAUCCAUGCCACUAAGAGAUUGGACCGGGAGGAGAAGGCCUACUACACGCUCCGGGCCAAGGCCGUCAACAGAAUCACUAACACCUCUCUAGAGGGAGAGUCAGAGUUUAUCAUCAAGAUCCAUGACAUUAACGACAACGAGCCUAAGUUUACCAAGGACCCCUACUUCACAGAGGUACCUGAGAUGUCCCCACUGGGCACGGUGGUGAUGCAGGUGACCGCUACAGACGCUGAUGACCCUACAUAUGGUAACAGUGCCAGGGUGGUCUACAGCAUCCUGCAAGGACAGCCAUACUUCUCUGUGGAGCCCAACACAGGUGUGAUCAAGACAGCCCUACCUAACAUGGACAGGGAGACCAAGGAGAACUAUGUGGUUGUGAUCCAGGCUAAAGACAUGGCUGGCCAGAUGGGUGGUUUAUCAGGGACCACCACAGUCAGCAUUACCCUCUCUGAUGUCAAUGACAACCCACCACGCUUCCCAAAGAGUCUGUAUGAGUUCAAAGCUCCCGAGUCGACAGAACCGGGCUCGACGGUGGCCGUGCUGCGAGCUACGGACGCUGACAUCGGCAGGAACGCUGAGAUGACCUACCGAAUCACCAGCAGCGACGGCCCCGCCAUGUUCGACAUCUCAACCAAUAGGAGCACACAGGAUGGUGUCAUCACCCUCAGGAAGUCUCUGGACUUUGAGAGGAAGCGGUCCUACACUCUAAGGAUCCAGGUGGAGAACUCCAACCCUGACCCGCGGUUCCUGCGCUAUGCGGCGACCACGGACGGGGCGACGGUCAAACUGAUCGUGGAGGAUGUGGACGAGCCGCCCGUGUUCGACCGGGUCGGCUAUGUCAUGGAGGUGAAAGAAGACGUGGCAGUAGGCACGAUCAUCGGGUCGGUCAGCGCCACAGAUCCAGACAGCAGCCGCAGUCCCGUCAGGUACUCUAUUGACCGGCGUACAGACAUGGACAGGGUGCUCAACGUGCACCCAGGUAACGGCUCAGUGUUCAUGCUGAGGACUCUGGACAGAGAGGACAUCACCUGGCACAAUAUCUCUGUUAUUGCCACUGAGUUCAACAACCCACGGCUGAUGAGUCGUGUACCAGUCAAUGUUAGAGUACUGGACGUUAAUGACAACGCUCCUACGUUCGCCACUUACUACGAGACAUUUGUCUGUGAAAACGCCAAGGCUAACCAGAGGAUUCAGACAGUAAGUGCUGCAGACGCUGACGAGCCUAUUGGUGGACACAGGUUCUUCUUUAGUCUAGCGCACGAGGCUUCUGUGAAAGCCAACUUCACCGUCAGAGACAAUAAAGACAACACGGCAGGUAUCCUGACCAGACGGAACAGCUACAGCCGGCUACAGAGGAGUACCUAUCUGGUUCCCGUGGUGAUCUCGGACAGCGACUUCCCCAUGCAGAGCAGCACCAACACCCUGACGGUGCACGUUUGUACCUGCGACCGCGAGGGGAACAUGCAGCUGUGUAACCAGGAAGCUCUGGUCCUCACCGCAGGCCUCAGCACUGGAGCCCUCAUGGCCAUCAUCUUCUGUGUCCUCAUACUGCUCAUGAUUGUGGUGCUGUUCGCUGCCCUGAGGAGGCAGCAGAGGAAGAAGGAGCCUCUGAUCAUCUCCAAAGAGGAUGUGAGAGACAACGUCGUCAGCUACAACGAUGAAGGGGGCGGAGAGGAGGACACCCAGGCCUUUGAUAUCGGCACGCUGCGCAACCCAGAGGCCACAGAGGAGAGCAAACAGCGCAGGGACAUGAAGCCCGAGACCCUGCACCCUCCCGUCCGUCGGACUGUGAUCCUUCCCCCGGCCCACAGGGACAACGCGGACGUCAGGAACUUCAUAGACCAAAGGCUUCAGGAAAACGACCAGGACCCCACCGCACCGCCCUACGACUCCCUGGCCACCUACGCCUACGAAGGGAGCGGCUCGGUUGCUGAGUCCCUUAGCUCCCUGGGCUCCAUGACCACAGAGGGAGACCAGGACUAUAACUACCUGAGUGAGUGGGGACCCAGGUUUAAGAAACUAGCUGACUUGUAUGGGGGAGAGGACAGUGACAGCUGCAGGGAUUCCUAAUGAGAGAGAAGGAGCUCGUAAGAGGGGAGCUAAAGGAAAACGUACAACAAACAAACACUCGCACACUAGCUAAAGUGAACUUAACUCCU